AAGGUGCUCACACUUUUCAAGGACACCUGAGGACCUCAACUGCGAUCUGAAAGGUUUGUUGGAAAAUCCGUGGACUCACUAUUAAAGUUUUGUUCUGUCAUCAGACUAAGAGGCAGCAUGUCGAUGGGCUUGGAGAUCGUGGGCAUUGCCCUUGGACUCAUUGGUUUUAUCCUUGCUAUACUGACAUGCGCCCUGCCAAUGUGGAAGGUGACGGCUUUCAUCGGAGCCAACAUCAUAACUGCUCAGACCAUCUCGGAGGGUUUAUGGAUGAACUGUGUCACCCAGAGCACGGGCCAGAUGCAGUGCAAGAUCUAUGACUCGAUGCUGGCCUUGCCUCAGGAACUGCAGGCCUCCCGAGCGAUGAUAAUCAUCUCCAUCAUACUCGGGGUGCUCGGGGUCAUGAUCUCCAUCGUCGGCGCCAAGUGCACCAACUGCAUUGAAGACGAGCCGUCUAAGGCCAAAGUGAUGAUCAUUGCUGGAAUCUUCUUUGUCCUCGGCGGCCUUUUGGUCCUCAUCCCCGUCUCCUGGACAGCCAGUGUCACUAUCCGGGAUUUCUACAACCCCCUCCUGGUCAACGCGCAAAAGAGGGAGAUUGGAGCAUCGCUCUACAUCGGCUGGGGAGCGGCCGCCCUGCUCCUGAUUGGUGGGGCGAUGCUGUGCAGCAGCUGCCCGCCGAAAGAGAAGAAGUACAAGCCGCCCCGGAUGGCCUACUCCGCCCCACGCAGCGCCAGUGCAGGCGGAGGGUACGACAGGAAAGACUAUGUUUGAACGAGUGUGUCUGACAGAUUUGGAAAGUAAGAUAAAAUGAAAAUGUUUGUUGCACAUGAGGGUUUUUGUGUGUCUGUGUUGUAUUUUGAUGUCUGAAACCACAGGGUGAACCCAGACAAAACGACUCCGACAUGAAGGUGUGUGUACAAUUGUUGCUUUGCUUUGUUCAUUUACAUAUUUUUAACACCGUUGCCUUGCUAUAAUCCAGCAGGUGCGUCUGAGGCUUCAGUAUGUGAAAUUUAGAGCCUGUUGCCCAGUAAAACAUAACUUUAUUCUUUUGAAAUGUUAAACUGCAUCCCUUUGAGAACAUUUAUACUCAAGCUUCUGUGGCAUAAUGUGAAUCUGAAAACACCUGCUUGCUUCUUGUCUGUGUGUGUCGCUCUAUCAUUAGCUGUUGGCCUGCUGGUGUUGUGUUUCACUGAAACCUUCAGUUAAAAUGCUGUGUGUGUCACUGACAAUGACAAGGAAAAGCCGGCUCUCAUUUUACAUGGAUUUGGUUGUGUGAUUGUUCAGCCUAUGUGUGUGUGUGUGUGUGUGUGUGUGUGUGUGUGUGUGUGUGUGUGUGUGUGUGUGUGUGUGUGUGUGUGUGUGUGUGUGUGUGUGUGUGCGUGUGUGUGUGUUUUGCAUGUGUUAUUUGCUUAGCAGAGUUUCUCCUCACACUGAAACUAAAGAUGGAUCCAUGAUAUGGCUCCAGGUAACAACUUUAUCUUCUUCCUCAUAGUUUCACUGUCUGUUUGAGGACAUAGAAAAAGACUGUUUCGGUUUUCGCACAAAUACUUUCUAUGUGUCUAUACCUGGGAGUUUAUUUUAUCUUUCUGUAGUAAAAUGUAUGUGUUAUGUAUUCUAACAUCACAUACUCCUCUGUGUGUCUGUGUUUCAAAUAUAUUUUGUAUUGUGUCUUUUUUUUUAUCUUACUUUUUGUAUAUUUUAUAUCUAUCAUAAUCAACAGCCUGUAUGGUCUUUGUAUGUCAAACAAAGAGCCAUAGAACCACUUUGUAUGUGUGUGUGUGUGUGUGUGUGUGUGUGUGUGUGUGUGUGUGUGUGUGUGUGUGUGUGUGUGUGUGUGUGUGUGUGUGUGUGUGUGUGUGUGUGUUACAGCCUGAGUGACUAUGACUACAGCUGGUAUAGGAUGUUAGUUUCCACAUCCGCAGUAGAAAUUAAAUAUUUAACUAAUUCAUCUUCAUCUUCAUCUUCAUCACUUUUAAAUACGAUUUUGUGUUCAAAAUUCAACACAAUUGUUUUUUUUACUUGUCUCGUUCAUACAUUGUUAAAAGAGAUCAUUUAUUUAAAAAAUGCUUUGUUAAAUGUUUUAUAGUAGUGCUUGAAUUUUAAAUGUGUUAAAUAUUUCAAUAAAAGUCCAACUAAGAA